GCGUCAGGUUGGGGAACGGAAGCGGGAGCGGGGGGGCGUGUUUGUCAGAGGACGCGUCGUCGCCCCUGUGUGCUCAAUUCUGUUUGUUUCUCUGCGAUGUUUACGAGGGUCUCGGCUCUCCUCCCUCUUCGCCCCCUUUCCCGCCUCCCUUUGUGCUCCGGAGACCCAGAGGUAUCGGCGGCCGCCGUCGUGCUACUCGCUUCUCCGCAUGGAUCUGUCAGGACAAAAUAUAAUAUCCAAAGAUAUUUUGGCACUAACAGCGUGAUCUAUAGCAAGAAAGAUGAGCAGUCUGUUCCAACCCGUGAGAUUUCCAAGGAGACAGAGAGCCAACACAGUGUAAAGGAGAAUACGAAAAAAGACUUGGUAAAUAUUCUUAAGGGAAUGAAAGUUGAAUUAAGCUCAGUAAAUGUACAAACAACAAAGCCACCCAACAGAAGACAACUUAAAAGUUUGGAGGCUUCAACUGUCAGACUUCAGAGUGCUCCAGAAGAUGCCCCCCAAAAGAGAAGUGAGUCCCUGAGCCCGGAGUUGGUGGCGGCUGCCUCCGCGGUUGCAGACUCUCUCCCUUUUGACAAGCAGAUGACCAAGUCAGAUCUGCUGAAGCAGCUCCAGCAGCACGAGGAAGCCUCGAGGGCACAGAAGGAUGGAGAGAGACCUAAAAUUAGUUUCACUGACAUCAUAUCAGAUAUGAAAGUUGCCAGAUCUGCCACAGCGAGAGUUAGCACAAGACCAGUGCAUCAGAUUCAGUUUGAUGAAGGGACUGAUGAUUUUGUUGGCCAAGCGAAGCCUGCUGAUCUGAGAAGAAGUUUUAGGAAAAAUAUAUUCAAGGGGAAGAGGCUUAAUAUUUUUGAGCUUAAGGCAGUUACUGAAGAGGCACCUGAAACAGAGGCAGUACCUUCUCUUUGGGAUGUAGAAUUUGCUAAGCAGUUAGCGGCGGUCAAUGAACAACCCUUUCAGAAUGGUUUUGAAGAGAUGAUCCAAUUGACAAAAGAGGGGAAAUUGUGGGAGUUCCCAAUUAACAAUGAAGCAGGUUUUGAUGAUGAUGGUUCAGAAUUUCAUGAACAUAUAUUUCUGGAUAAAUACCUGGAGGAUUUUCCAAAACAGGGACCAAUUCGCCACUUCAUGGAGUUGGUGACCUGUGGCCUUUCCAAAAACCCGUAUCUGAGUGUUAAACAGAAGGUUGAACAUAUAGAGUGGUUUAGGAACUAUUUUAAUGAAAAACGGGACAUUCUAAAAGAAAGUGGCAUACAGUUCAAUUGAAGAUCAUGGAAAUUCUUAUUUCAAGCUGUUGGAGAUUCGUAUUAUAAUUAAAUAAUUUUACUAGAA